AUUUUCUCCUGUCGAUGCCACAUUCUCACCCGGAGCGGCUCCUAUUCUUCGUACUUUCUCUUAUAAGCUUCCUGUACUUGUUGGUGCGGUCACUUGUGGGUGCAUUUUCAGAUCGGAGACAUUGCGUGUGACUCCUCUGUCUCCACCGAAAAAAUGGUACGUCGCUGGAAGUGCCACCUGUACAGCUGUAGAUUUUGACAUGACAUUCCUUUUUUCCAGAUAUCGACGCGCGGAGCAGCGCGAUGACAGCACGUUUUUCCGAGUCUACUUCUCCCCAGAUAGAAAAACGAGUCGCCGAAGCACCCAUAAAAAGCAAACGCAUCGAGGAUAUGCAGACGAAUGUGCCAUCGACGGAAAAGGACCAGGUGCAAAAUGAUGGUCCCCCGAAUGCAGAUUGUUCCAGCAGAUGCGACUCCGGCGAGGUGGAUAAGAGUACCGAUGAGACUACG